AUGAUUAGAAGAGUAAAACAAUUCCCGAUAAGAAGAAGAUUUGCGCAGGCAAAACAGCUGGUAAAUUACUGCGACACAAAAGUAACCACCCUUCCAAAUGGACUUCGGGUAGCAACAGAAGAUAUGGGUUUACCAACGACUUGCGUUGGUUUGUGGAUCGACUGUGGAACUCGCUACGAAAAACUGGAAGAAAUGGGAACGGCCCAUUUCUUCGAACAUUUGGUCUUCAAGGGAUCCGAGAAGAUGUCGCAGCACGAGCUUUCCGAAUACGCAGAAGCGACUGGAACUCUAUUAAAUGCUUAUACUUCGAGGGAGCAUACGUCCUAUUAUUUUCAAGGAAGAAGAGAUAAUACCGAGAAAUUAGUGGAGAUCUUGGCUGAUGUUAUUCAAAAACCUGAUUUAUCAAGAUCUGCUAUCGCAAUCGAACGACGCGUAAUAUCAGCUGAGUACGAUGAUAUUCUGGCAAACUACGAAGAAGUGCUCUUCGAUUACAUCCAUGCCUUCUGUUUCGGUGGUGUCGAUGGCCAUUUCACCGACUCGUCUCUUUCCUACAACAUCCUCGGCACGCGUUUCCACAUUUCAAAUGCCAUCACAAAAGAUGUCAUCCAGAAUUUCAUUAAAACGCACUAUCAUCCCUCGCGAAUGGUCCUUGUCGGGACGGGUGGCGUCAAUCAUGAGCAAGUUGUCGAUUUCGCCGGGAAGUAUUUUGAUGAUUGGGGCUCUUACAUCGGCCCUGGAACGCCUACUUUUGAGCGACAGGCGAAUCUUCCUGCUGGAAGAACCGAUCAUUAUGCAAAUUUCUGGGGCGUUGAUACACCAUUCCACUCUUGCGAGAUCCGCCACCACAAACCAGGCUCUGACACGCUCGUCGGCUGCGUUACUUACCCAAUCUGCGGCUGGUCUCACUCCGACUGUCUAACCAUGAAUUUAAUCGCCAAGCUGAUUGGUGUCUUCAUGCAUGGAUCUGGCGGAUUCCAGUUUUUCACAUCGCCAUUCGUCAAGAAAAUGCAGAAUAUCGAUCCAAGCAGUACUUUCAAAGCUUACAUGUCAUUAUACAAUGAUAAGGGCCUCUUCGGCUUCAUUUUCACUGCCUUUGAACUGGACAAGGCUUCUACCAUGGUCGAAGCUUUCCAUGAAGAAUUACAACGAAUCGCCACGAAUCUCAGCGACGAGGAACUUUCGAAUGCCAAGAGAAGUCUUUUCACGGACAUUUGCCUUGGCAUUGACGGAACUCAGCCCGUUGCUGAUGAGAUUGGCCGUCACCUGCUGGUAUACAACCGUCGAAUUCACUACCCCGAAACCGAAUACCUCAUCGAAAACAUCACCCGCGAGGACGUGAAACGCUGCGUCACCCAAAUCAUUGACAGCGAGGAGAAAUGCAUCGCCCUGCUUGGAAAUCUGGAUCACACGCCGCCCAUCUUCCCUGACGUUCCCCAAAUUAAUGAUCCUGAAAAAGUUCACGAAGAAGCUUUCUGUAAAAAUAUUAUUACAGCGAGAAACUAG